UCUCACAAGCCAACAGACGCAAGCUCACGCCGGUCCUGCCGUUACGUAACCAACGAGCGAUGAGCAUGGAGUAUGUGACAUUUGGCAUCUUGGACAACAGCACUGAAAACACCUCAGAGGAGUCGGGAGACUUCGACCUGGACUUGCCGGAGCCAUGUGACAUAGUGCAAAGUAACGACUUCAACAAGAUCUUCCUACCAACAGUUUACGGAAUAAUAUUUAUUCUGGGAAUCAUUGGCAAUGGAUUAGUCAUUGUUGUCAUGGGGUACCAGAAAAAGGUCAAAACGAUGACGGACAAGUACCGGCUCCAUCUCUCCGUGGCUGACCUCCUGUUUGUCCUCACGCUGCCCUUCUGGGCCGUGGACGCCGCCAGCAGCUGGUACUUUGGAAGUUUCCUCUGUGUGUCUGUGCACAUGAUCUACACUGUCAACCUGUACAGCAGCGUGCUGAUCCUGGCCUUCAUCAGUCUAGACAGAUACUUGGCAGUUGUGCGGGCCACCAACAGCCAAACCACAAGGAAGCUUCUUGCGAACAGAGUGAUCUAUCUGGGUGUCUGGCUGCCCGCAGCCGUGCUGACUGUACCAGAUAUGGUGUUUGCCAGGUUGCAUGACACAGGGUCUUCAAACUUCUUCUUAUCAGAUGAAAGCAUAGAGACUACAGACUCCAGGAUCCUCUGCCAGCGCAUCUACCCACAGGAAACCAGUCUCAUUUGGAUGGUUGUUUUUCGCUUCCAGCAAAUCCUGGUGGGCUUCAUACUGCCCGGUUUGGUCAUCCUUAUCUGCUAUUGCAUCAUCAUUGUGAAGUUAUCACAAGGCACCAAGGGCCAGGCACUGAAGAAGAAAGCACUGAAGACCACAGUCAUCCUCAUCGUGUGUUUUUUCUCCUGCUGGCUGCCUUACUGUGUCGGCAUCGUCUUGGAUACCCUUAUAAUGCUGAACGUGGUCUCCUCCUCUUGUGAACUGCAACAAGCGGUUGAGAAGUGGAUUUCUAUCACUGAAGCUCUGGCCUAUUUCCACUGCUGCCUCAACCCCAUCCUCUAUGCUUUCCUGGGCGUCAAAUUUAAGAAAUCAGCCAGGAGUGCGCUGACAGUCACCAGCAGAUCAAGUCAGAAAGUGACUCUCAUGACAAAAAAGCGAGGGCCAAUUUCAUCCGUGUCAACCGAGUCCGAGUCCUCAAGUGUUUUGUCAAGUUAACAAAAAGUCAACCUUGGAGUCUGUGACUUGAUACUCUCAGGAGAGAAGAAAACUAAGCUUUAAUUUCAAAGAACUUACUACAUUUUGUACAGGUGUAAAAAGAAGAAGAGUUUUUUCUACAUUUCGAUUUGUUUGCUGAAAUUGUGUGUCUUGUAAGGGUUUUUACUGCAAUUUUUAUGCAUGUUUUUUGCUUCUCAAAGUGGAUUGUGUCCUCAGGCAGGACCUCAUUUUCAUUCAUUCAGCUUCACAAUCAAGAUCCAUUUUUCCUGUUUUCACUGUAAAAUUUGUGUUGCUGUAUCAAAGCUCAGGCGUGCAAUGCCAUGCAGUGGGAAGGUGGCUGCUGUUGGAAACCUGUACAUAGUUUGUAGCAUUUGUGUGUUCGCACUUACGUUGUGUGAUAAUCUGAAAGCUUAUUAUUUAUUGUCGUCAUUCACACUGGAAGUUUUGUAAAAGAAAGAAACUGCAUGCUGUUUUUUUUUACCAUUUUUUUAAUGUAAAAAUAAAAAGAUUGCUGUCUCUCAUAA